AUGACACACUACUUACCAUUCUGUCCUCAAUAUAUAAAAACGUAUAAAACGGCUCCUUACGAGAGUAUAACUGUUUCCAAAUGGAAUUCUCAGAUGAGAUUUUCAAUAGCCGCUGAACACCUAGCGACAGGUGAUCAAUGUCUCUUCCUUCCCUCUACAGGUAAGAAAAGUAUUACAAUUCUCAUCCAGAUAGAAUUUAAUAACCAAAAGUUGACAGAAAGAGACUUACAAAGUAUUAGAAUGCAACUUGGCGGAAAAAAAGAUUUUUGGGAGUCGAUGUAUUUCAAAACUCAUAUUGACAUAACUAAAGAGAAAGAUAUUAUAAUGCUGUUAGAGUGCCGCCUUUGGACACAAAGCAGGAUCAAUGUCCUUUUGGAGUCUGAACGAUUUGAAGGUUGUAACGUCGCAGAGUCAACCAAAAUAAAUUAUAUUGAAGAGUUAGUUGUAAACGUUUCAUUCAACUCGACAAAUCCUUUGGAGAAAGAAAUGGAUUCUCUUAGAUCUCAUCUAAGAGAGUAUAUGUCUUCUUUAAUAUUAUCGCAGCUUGAAUUUAGAUUUCCUUUGGUAUUCUCAAGAGUUGCUAGAAAGCGUGUAAUAGAACAGGAGAACUCUUUCUUAGUUAUAUCACAUGCAAUAAAAGGGGAUCCAUCACUCAUUUUGAAAUUUAUAAGACUUGUUCAUAAUGAUCAGACUUCGCUUAGUAUAUUCCAAAUACUCUCCUCAAGUAAAUUUCGUGUGACAUUUGAAAUAAUUUAA